GGACCAUCAUUUCCAUCACUUCAUCAAAUAACAAAUUAUCUUGCAACUUGUUGAACCUCUAAAGGAAAAAGAACAAUGGCAAUCCCUAACAUAUCAAGCAACAAAAGGUCAUCAGAGAUUGUGUUUUUCGACUUGGAAACAAACGUACCAUCGAAACCUGGACAGAAAUUUUGGGUGUUGGAAUUUGGUGCAAUGGUAGUUUGUUCAAGAAAGCUUGUUGAACUUGAGAGCUACUGCACUCUUAUUAGACCAGGGGAAUUGUCAGUUGUGGGAUUAAAGUCGGGCAGAAUUGGAGGGAUCACGCGAAAAGAAGUUGCUGAUGCACCUUCAUUUGAACAAGUUGCAGACAAGAUCUUCAGUAUUUUGGAUGGUAGGAUUUGGGCAGGUCAUAAUAUACAGAGAUUUGAUUGUGUUCGUAUUAAAGCUGCUUUCGCUGAAAUUGGUCGCCCUACGCCUGUGCCUGUUGGAAUUAUCGAUUCAUUAGGUGUUUUGACCGAAAAAUUUGGUAAAAGAGCUGGAAACAUGAAGAUGGCUUCAUUGGCAGCUUACUUUGAUCUCGGCGAGCAAAAGCACAGGAGCUUGGACGAUGUUCGGAUGAAUUUGGAAGUCCUAAAACAUUGUGCAACAGUUCUACUUCUUGAAUCAAGUCUACCAGAUUUGUCAAUUGGGAAUUGUCAAACCACUUCCAGCAUUACUACAAGAAGUAGAAGCCAAGUGCAAAAUUUUCCAAGUUCUCCGAUCGAUAAUAAGUGGCAGAAUAGUCCUUCUUCAAUAACAACAAGGAGUAGCAAAGGGAAAUCUCCAUGCAGAGAAGAAACAAGCCGGAAAUCUCCUCCAUCGCCAAGUGCUAUCGGAUAUCAAAGAGCUGUUCCUUAUGCAAGGCAAAGCUUGGGAAAGGUGACUGCAGGUGUGAGGAAUUUGUUAUGUAAAGCUCAAAACAAGCCUCUAAAUACUUUAUUAAAGCAUUCACAGACUCUUUUCCGAUGAGUAAGAAGAACUGAUUCUUCUCAUUUUAAGGAGCAAGAUCAUCGUCGAUAAGUUUGAAAAAUUCAAGGCUAUCGUGCAUACAUGGAAGUUAUGGAGCAAUUUUUUGUUCCCUGGUUGCUGUUUCUGGGAAUUAAGCCACUUGGUUGGAAGCUACGAAGAUCACAUUAAAGUCCCAGCUGCUAACCUUAUCAUCUAACCAUUUUAUAUUUUACUGAUUCUUACAUUUUUUCAGUUGUGGAAUUCUGUAAAUGUUUGUACAUCUCAAUGAAUAAAUUUCAGCUGAUAUUCUUUGAUUC